GUGCCUACCACGAUUUCGGAGAGACCGAGACAGCGGACUUCCGUACCGCGCGCCGCCGCCACCGCCAUCUAUCCUGGAAGCCUGCUGCUCUCCACGCAACCACGCCGGCCCCCGUCAACCGGUCGCCAUCUCUCCUGGACUCCUGCUCUCCACGCAACGCCGGGCAGCCCCGCCUCAGCUCCUCACCCUCCUCGACAACUCUCCCUCCGGCCGGUCGCCCCCCACGACUCCCCGGGGCCCGUCGUCCGCACGGGCACGGGCUGCACGGUGGUGGGAGCAGAACCAGAGCAGCCGAGGAGGCACAUCUACUCCGGGCUCCGGACCUCCCUCGGCCUCAACCCCUCUGGAGUCUGGAUUCUGCCAUUUCAUACCAUCUCCGCUUCGCCACUGCCAGCGCGCUGGCCCUGGAGCGGAGGCAAGAGGGGUGACUACAAGGAGCUUUUCGUCAUGGCACUGCCUAAGGACGGCUGCCUCGAUGGUGCCAAGAUCACAGAGGUAGGAGGGGUCGGCUACAAGGAGCUUCUUGUCAUGGCGCUGCCUAAGGACGACAGCAUCGAUGGCGCCAAGGUCGCAGAGGCCAUCGGCGUCAAGCUGCCAGACGUCGGGGGGGCCAUAAGGACUAUUUUGAAUAGCAGAGAGGCCAGAGAAUUUGCCAGUGGGGCACUAGCUGGUGCUAUGUCAAAGGCUAUUCUUGCACCUCUAGAGACUAUCAGGACAAGAAUGAUUGUAGGAGUAGGACCUAGGCACAUUUUUGGUAGUUUGGUGGAUAUCAUCCAACAAAACGGGUGGCAAGGGCUUUGGGCAGGGAAUACAAUCAACAUGCUCCGCAUCAUUCCAACCCAAGCAGUCGAACUCGGAACAUUUGAAUGCGUCAAGAGGAGCAUGGCAGAAGCACAAGAGAAAUGGAAAGAGGACGGAUGCCCAAAGAUACAGCUUGGUAAUAUGAAAAUCGAGCUUCCACUUCACCUCUUAUCUCCAGUUGCUAUUGCCGGUGCUGCUGCUGGAAUAGCUGCCACACUGGCGUGCCAUCCUCUCGAAGUUAUCAAGGAUCGCUUGACUAUCAACCGAGAGGUUUAUCCAAGCAUUGGCCUUGCCUUCCGCAGGAUCUAUAAGACGGAUGGUAUAGGUGGUUUCUAUGCUGGCCUGUGUCCAACGCUGAUUGGCAUGAUUCCUUACACAACAUGUUACUUCUUUAUGUAUGACACGAUCAAGACCUCUUACUGCCGCUUGCAUAAGAAGUCGUCUCUGAGCCGCCCUGAGCUUCUACUUAUCGGCGCUCUUUCAGGUCUUACUGCAAGCACAAUCAGCUUCCCUCUGGAAGUAGCAAGGAAGCGGUUGAUGGCCGGCGCCCUGCAGGGGAAGUGCCCGCCUAACAUGAUUGCCGCCUUGUCGGAGGUGAUCCAGGAGGAGGGCGUCAUGGGGCUUUACCGCGGGUGGGGGGCGAGCUGCCUGAAGGUGAUGCCGAAUUCUGGCAUCACCUGGGUGUUGUACGAGGCAUGGAAGGAUGUUCUUCUGGCUGACAGGAACAAGCCACGCUCUUUAGCGAACUAAACAGGCCGUCCUUGAGCAAUGGAGGCGUUGCUGGGAUUCCUGAUCUAUUUUCAGUUUUGGAAUCCCGGCUGCGGCGAGUGGGGUACAUAGGGCGCGUUUCUCUCUUUUUUGAUUGACUGAUGAGUGGUAAGCGUUUUGUUGUGUCAUCGGCACACAGACAAACAUCAUUAAUGUGUCAAAAAACUAAGCGAAAAGACAAACCCUUCUGUAUUUCCUGAGUGGAAAGAUGGGGAACCUAACCCUACCUGGAGCCUCUGCAGGAACCUUUUCCUUCAUCUACCAAUCAGAUACAGGGAGCUUCAGGUUGACAGAUCGCACCAACUGAAGGACGAACCUGUUCUGCGACAACAAGCAGGAUAAGCUGAGGAACCUGUUUUGCAAGCUAAGUUGAGAUGUAAUUUUUGUCUUGGGCUGGGUGGUUAUAGUGUUUUCUUUCGGCUUUUCUUUUCUUUCUGCCUCAAGUCUGAAGCGAAGUUUAUAAAUUAUUUUUCCUCGGCUAAUAUAAUUUGGGUGGCAAAGCUUUUGCCGCUUCCUU